GGGGCUCCGGCCGGGGCGCGCGCUGCCCUCGCUCCCUCCGCGCCCGCCGCAGCGCAGGGGUCCCGGUCAUCUCCCUUGUCCAGUUCUUCCUGGAUGGAACAAGAAAAUAAACAGGGUGUGUAUGAAGCCCAGGACUCAGAAGACAAAAGGAUGGGCUCUGAUUUUGAGAACUCUGAAGACAGGGAACGGAACCCAGAAGAAAGAGGAAUGGGCUCUAAUCCACAGGAUGCAGACAAGAGAGAAGGCCACCCAGAGCAGGAGCUGGGCUCCAACCCACAGGAUGAAGCUCUAGGAAGGGACCCAGAGGAGAGGGAACUGGUGUCUGACAUCUGCCCAGAUGGGCUGCUGAGUGAGGAAGAAGGGGCUGUCCUCCGCGAGGAUUACCCGUCUGGCGUAGCUGAGAUGGCGAUGUUCCCGGGACUGGGACUGGGACUGUCGGAGUCGGAAAGCCUUUCCCGGAGCCCCCGGGAAGAAGAGGAGAGCGCAGGCGAGAACCGGCCGGACGAAGAGGCGCAGCCGCCCGCUCCCACGCUUCCCUGGAGGCGGCACCUCUCGCUGGGGAGCCGGCACCGGAGCGACAAGGCCGCCCACCGCCGCUUCCGCCGCCUCCACCACCCCGUGGCCGUGGACCUCGGGGAGCUCGACAGCCUGAUGGCCAGCAUCAUGGACGCGCCCACCAUCUGCCCCGACUGCGGGGAGAGCUUCAGCCCGGGCGCUGCCUUCCUGCAGCACCAGCGCAUGCACCGCCUGGCGGAGGCCGCGGCCGCCGCCAGCCUGGAGCCCUUCGGCUUGGCGGGCGAGUGCGGCGGGGUGGUGGGGCUGGUGGGCGUGGGCGUGGGCGUGGGCGGGGCGGGGGGCCUCGGGGCGGGGCCCGCGCUGGCCCGGCCCGCGCGCGAGAAGCCCUUCCGCUGCGGCGAGUGUGGCAAGGGCUUCAGCCGCAACACCUACCUGACCAACCACCUGCGCCUGCACACGGGCGAGCGGCCCAACCUGUGCGCCGACUGCGGCAAGAGCUUCAGCUGGCGCGCCGACCUGCUCAAGCACCGGCGCCUGCACACGGGCGAGAAGCCCUACCCGUGCCCCGAGUGUGGCGAGGCCUUCAGCCUCAGCUCGCACCUGCUGAGCCACCGGCGCGCGCACGCGGCGGCCAGCGGCGCGGGGGCGGCGGCGCUGCGGCCCUUCGCCUGCGGCGAGUGCGGCAAGGGCUUCGUGCGCCGCUCGCACCUGGCCAACCACCAGCGCAUCCACACGGGCGAGAAGCCGCACGGCUGCGGCGAGUGCGGCAAGCGCUUCAGCUGGCGCUCGGACCUGGUGAAGCACCAGCGUGUGCACACGGGCGAGAAGCCCUACAUGUGCUCCGAGUGCGGCGAGACCUUCAGCGUCAGCUCGCACCUCUUCACGCACAAGCGCACGCACUCGGGCGAGCGGCCCUACGUGUGCCGCGAGUGCGGCAAGGGCUUCGGGCGCAACUCGCACCUGGUGAACCACCUGCGCGUGCACACCGGCGAGAAGCCCUUUCACUGCGGCCAGUGCGAGAAGCGCUUCAGCGACUUCUCGACGCUCACGCAGCACCAGCGCACGCACACGGGCGAGAAGCCCUACACCUGCAUCGAGUGCGGCAAGAGCUUCAUCCAGAGCUCGCACCUGAUCCGCCACCGCCGCAUCCACACCGGCAACAAGCCGCACAAGUGCACGGGCUGUGGCAAGGGCUUCCGCUACAAAACGCACCUUGCGCAGCACCAGAAGCUGCACCUGUGCUAGGGCUGGGCCGCUGGGUGGCUGCCCUCGGGGAGCAUGUGGGGGAGUAGACGUCCUGGGACUAGACUGUGUAGAAGGAAAUGGGUGUGGGGCGGGAGGGACAAUCUGAGUAGCCGGGGAGUCUCUUGGUGUUAGGGGGUCUUGAAGGGGAGGGUGGCGUAAGUGUUGCUCUUUAGGGAUGUGAUCAUUUGCCUGCCUCCUCCCCAACGAGGACAUGCAUGCUUGGGACACGUGCUUGAGCGGGGACUUCUUCAAAUAGGCACAGCAGGGCGUGAGGAGCCGGUGGGAGUGCAGGCAUUUUGAGGACCUUGAAGAAGGGGAGUUGGGGGCAUAGGGGAGUGAACAGGAUGGCAGGCGAUAGAGUAGUGGGGCUCUGAGGGCCUGUGGGAAUCAGGGAAGGGGAGGACGUGGUUACAGGGCAGGUAUGAAUAAUUCAGUCCUGGUCUCACCAACUGGUAAGCCACUGUUCGCCCUGCCACCCCCCCCCCCCCCACAUCGGCUGCAGUCUCAUGAAAAGUAGAGGAACCUUGUCCAUCCUAUUGGAGAGGAUAUUUUGUAUAUUCUUCCCUUCCUUUCUCUGAGCCACAGUUCGCUGCUAUUUUGAGGCAUCCAGGGGAAACUGGGCAUGAAAGCUUACACACUGUUCUCAAGGGCAAAAUUGAAGUUUAGACACUCAUUCAUAACUAGUUUUAAGGUCACCUGGGAAAUCUUGGUCCUGCCCCCUGGUUCUUUGCUACUUCCUUUAAAGUAGUCUAGCUUCAUGCUGGGUGAAGGGUGGUCUAUGUGGAUGUCAGGUGUUAGGGGUGUGCCAAGCCCAGUAUUUCGGGUCUCCCUUGUGAUCUUCUAAGUGCAGGGAAAUGAAACAAUCCUAGCUAUGUGUGACUUUUCGCUUUCCCAGACCAGCAUGAUGCUUGUUUCCAGUGAAUCUCAGAUCAGCAACGGUUGCCCCAGUGACCUGCUACAAAAGUCAACUAGCUCAGAGUUUAGCCAGCCUUAUGUGAGAAAUCCAGGAGAGCAAAUGUUCACAUGUUGGGGUACAAGGCUUCUUUGUCUCAUCUGCCUUCACUCUGUAUCCAGUGCACCCCUCCCCCUUGGUAGUAACGGGGGAGAUGGGGAGAUCGUCAAACAGCCACUGUCAUCCACGUUGUAAUGGACUUUUGGUCUGAGUAGAAAUAAAUGUCUUUUACUUACACGGGGAGGCACAGUAGAAAGCUCAAGGCUUUGCACAAGGAAGGCACGAGCAGGGAGAGGUGUAAGUGCAAAAUUGCCAAAUAGCACAAGCAAUGAAUGUUUUCUGGUUGUUCUAUAAAUGCCAAAAUAGCACUUUUAUAUUUGUAAAGUGCUUUAUGAUUUUUAAUGAUUGUUAGUUGUUUCUCACGUCUUUGUGAAGUUAGAUCAGUAUUAUGACCCCUAUCAUAGGGAAGACUUGGGGACAGGAGUACAGUAGGCUGUUCUUGAAGAGAGGCAGAUGACCGUGUGGAUAGGUACGGUCUGACCUUUUGUGCUCUCCAGCUCAGCUGCUAGAAAGACUUACCUGUCAUGAUUUAUAUAAUAAAGACACUGAAGAUUCUAAUGCUUCAUGGAAAACUUAAGGCUAGUCUAGAAAGGCCAAAGAUGUCCUUGUUGACAAAGCUGGUCUUUGUCAUGUAUUUAGGGUGUCUUAGGUUUGUUCUGUCUAGUAGGGGGCUGUAGUUAGAUGACUCUUGUACAGGUUUCAGUCACCUAUGCUGAAAAUCCCUCCCCUAGGUUAGCCUUUAGAAGUUAGAGUUGUGGAAAGCAGUCUUGUUUCCUUCACUAGUGAUUGUUGGUUGCUCUGUACUUUUCAUGGAAGCAUCUUCACAAACUGUUGGACACAUUCGAAGGAAAAGAAGAAAAACUGCAAGAUUGUUUUUAUAGUUCUAGCAAACUUUUUCUGUGGAUGCUGGUAAUUUAUACUUGAUCAGUUGUAUUUUAGCAAAGAACCUCUUUGGGGACUGUAGGAAAGCAUGUUUUUGUCCUUAUAAAAACACCUUCAAAAAAAAUCCCGAGAAUUCUGGGCUUGUAUAAUAUAGCCUGUUGAUCUUGCCCUCUUAAUCAGUUUAUUAUUAUUUGCAAAUGCAAAUAGAUUUUCAAAAGAUAGAUAAUUUUGCAAGAUACUAAUUAUUUUCUCUUAGUUGAGUAAUAUGAACAAAGUAAACGUCCAUUAUUUAUUCUCUUUCCUCUGAAUACUAAGUAUUUAGGACUCUUUUGAAAAUAAUAUAACCAGUUUGUAGGUAAUCUUAUUCCUUUGUGUUUUUUUUUUUUUUUUUGUUACGCACAUCUACCUCUUCCAGCCGUUUUAAGUUCUCUCCAGUCUGUGCCUAUGAAAUCUCAUCCAACUUUUGAUUGUUCAUGGAUUAAUUAUCCACUUUAUGGGUUAUGUGGCCUUUUGCUGUCAUUGUACUCUGUUGUACAGUCUCAUCUGCAUCAGCUAUGUUACAUAUGGGCAGCUUUCAAGAGAUAGUUCAGCAGGAGAAGGGGAUUGAAGCUUAUAUAGAAUAAUUUGGUGGCAGUGGAAAUCUUUGGAUUUCAUUGACCUCUCUUCUUUCAAGUACGAGAGAUAAGAGAGUCAGCCACCACCUCAGUAUCCCUUUUAUGAGCAAAUCCCUUAGCAGAAGAAAACAGUCCAACCACCAACACCCCCACUCUCAUGGUGCAUUUAAAAUGUGAUUCCAUUUUUCUUACAAUUCUUCAGGGAACAUAGCUGCAUUAAGUGAAUUUGAAUGCAGUCAGGAGGUCAUUUCUUAUAUCUAGUUUGAGAGUAAUAGGGUUUUUUUUUUUUUUUUUCAGCAAACUCUAUUAACCGUGGUUCACCCUUCAAAAUGUUCAUUUGAAGAUUCCAUCCAUCAGCUCAUUAAUGAUGGUGGAGGCAAGUGUAUCAUUUGUUUCCUGGGGAAUUUGGUCAGGUGCAGGCUGCUCUUUCCUUAGCAAAACCUGGAGCAGUUUCGGUAGGUUAAAUGGCUUGAUUAAAUCUUGAGCUCUGAGUUGGAAAGAGAAGAUGAGAAGUUAACCCCUUGAGCCAUGUGGUCUCUUCAGGAUCAAGAGGCUGUACAUGUGUGAAAAAUACGGACUAAGAACCUGUGUUCAUAGACAAUCCGAACUGUGUUUCUGAAGUUUGUGCACAUUUUCCUUCACUGUAAUAUUAUUUUACAGCUGUUUGUUAAAAUAGUGAAUAAUUUAAUGGUUUUAAAAGUAACAGGUUUUGUGUGUGUACUUGUAUAUGUGAGAAUUGCCUUAUUUUCAGAUUGUUUUAUUUAAUGAUGGUUCCUUGGACAGCGUUCUAAUGUUCAGCAACCAUGGAAUAUUUGUCAUUAAAUCCAUAUCAGUCUUUUUCCA